UACGUAUUUUCACUUCCGUAUGGAAACGACCAUUGGCUGCGGCGUGUUUUGUUUCACUUUGUUAAUUAUUUUGUCCGAGCCGGUCGCCUUUGUUGCAAACAACAAAAACGGGAUUGCUCAGUUUUACAUCUCAACCAUGUAACGUGGCUCGGGUGACAUGUAUUUGUGUAGAAAAUGUUUUAUUUCCUUUCGAUAGCUUUGUUUCCCCCCCUCUUGUCAUAAAUGUUCGCUCGCCGCCGUCACGAGGUAUAAACACUGCCUGUCGGAGCUUCCGUAGUAAACUUCAGGUAACAAACUGACGCUGAACGGAGAAAGAUUUUGGCGAAGUUGUCUGAAAAUGGGGCGUUGUGUUUUUCUUGUUUUAGCGGCUUUAUUCUCCGUUACGUCGACACAGUUUAAACCACCGUAUGCAGAAGACUGUAGGACUGGAAUGUAUCCACCAACUGGCCCUACGUCCCGAGGAGCAGCCAGCUGGUACACAUUGAACCUUGACUUACCGCCCAGUGAGAGAUGGACGGCUGUGAUUACUGACAAGAAAACAUAUCUGGCCAACAUGAUUCAAGCCAUCAAAGACUUGGCGAAUGCUUUCGUGCCCAGUGGAAGGCUGGUUGAGCUGGUUGACAUUACACUGCCUUGGAUGCUGGACACACUCCCUAACCCAUUUAAAGAGGAAAUUAAAGGAAUUGCCACAGUUUCAGGGAUCCCUCUGGGUGAAGUUGUUUUGUUCAACAUCUUCUAUGAGGUGUUUACUGUGUGCACAUCAGUUGUUGCAGAAGACAGUAAUGGUAACCUUGUUCAUGGUAGAAAUAUGGAUUUUGGAUUAUUUAUGGGCUGGGAUGUGAAAAACAAGUCAUGGAUCAUUUCUGAGAGGCUGAAGCCUCUAGUGGUCAACCUUGACUUCCAGAGAAAGAAUCAAACCGUUUUCAAGUCAACAAACUUUGCCGGUUAUGUGGGCAUGCUGACUGGCAUCAAGCCUCACAUGUUCACGUUGAGUAUGAAUGAGCGCUUCAGUUUUGAUGGAGGAUACAUUGGUAUCUUGGAAUGGAUCCUGUGGAAGAGAGAUGGAAUGUGGAUGAGUUUCCUCACUCGCUCUGUACUAGAAAAUGCUAACAGCUACGAGGAGGCCAAGAUGCGCCUGGCUCAGACGAAGCUGCUCGCUCCAGCCUACUUCAUCCUGGGAGGAAACCAAACAGGCCAGGGCUGCAUCAUCACCAGGUCCAGACAGAACAGCAUUAAUAUCCUGGAGAUUGACCUGAAGUUGAACCGCUGGUAUGUCCUGGAGACAAACUACGACCACUGGGAGGAGCCAUUUUUCCUGGAUGAUCGCAGAACCCCUGCCAUGAAGUGCAUGAACCAGACCACACAGGCGAACAUCUCUGUAAAGACCAUCUAUGAUGUACUCUCCACCAAACCAGUGUUAAACAAGUUGACCACAUACACAACGCUGAUGCAAGUGUCUGAAGGAAAACUGGAGUCGUAUAUCCGUGACUGCCCAGACCCUUGCAUGCCCUGGUGAUCCUCUGAGCAGUUGGCAAAUGCACUGAUACUAAUCUCCUGAACCAGAGUUUGUGCCCCUGAUGUCAUUUUGGCAUAAUGGAAUAGGAAUAAUUCAAGCUAAAAAAAAAAAA